UCCAUCCUACAGCUCAUGGGACUCGGACGUCAGCGCUGCCUCGACCAAUCAGCGUCUGCCGGAUGUUGUUUACAAACGUGUCUUGGGCAGAGACGAGGCUUCUCUACACAACCAUCAGUUGGUAGGACAUUCACAAUGAGAAUAGAUACAAGUGUAGGCCUAGUUUUGGCCCUGGCAGCAUUCUCAGUUCUCUGUGCAGGAGAAGAAGAGAAGAAGAAAGAGAAAGUAAAAAAGUUGCAAAUAGGAGUGAAAAAGCGCGUUGAUAACUGUACUCUGAAGAGCCGAAGAGGUGACCUGUUACACAUGCAUUAUAGUGGUAAACUAGAAGAUGGCACAGAAUUUGACAGCAGCUACCCUCGAGGCCAGCCUCUAACUUUCACCUUAGGCUCGGGACAGGUCAUCAAGGGAUGGGACCAAGGAUUAAUUGGGAUGUGCGAGGGAGAAAAGAGGAAGUUGGUAAUCCCCUCCGAUCUGGGUUACGGAGCAUCCGGAGCUCCUCCCAAGAUCCCAGCUCAUGCUACACUCGUGUUUGAGGUUGAACUCAUCAAGAUUGAGAGAAAAGAGGAGCUCUGAAAGAUAAUGCUAAAUAGUCGCAGCUAAAUAAUUUCUCAUUCUUUUUUCAGUAAUUUGUUAACUUGUAUUAAAGUAUGUGUUGCCAACAUUGCAUUUUGUGUAUUUAUCUGACAGGGCAGCAGCUUUUAAAGUCUUACAAAAUUAGUACUGUACAAACAUUUAUCACAAAGCGAUAAUAUAGUACAAGGUUCGGACUAGAUGUACAUACACUACAGUACAGUAUUAUUAAGUUAACUCAUGGCAUGGUAAUAACUUUAAUUUUGCAAUUUGAUGUAAAUUUUAGAGGCUUUUGUGAUAUUUCUUGGCAGUAGCUGUUAAAUCCUUCUUACAAAACUAUGAAUAAAGUCUUUAUGAAA